UGAUGGUUGCUACUUGUUCCAUCCCAAGUCUCUCAUCUUUUUAAUUGCUUCAAAAAUAAAAUGUUGAACUCUUCAAUACUUUAUAGGUCAAAGCAAGCUUCGUUUGCGUAUCAAAAGCCAUUUAUUCAUAGAAAUUUUGAAGUUUUAUCACUCCAUCUUGAUCAAGGAUUCAAACCAAAUGCUUCUCGUAUUGGUUCCACCAAUAAUCUCAGUGUUGUUAAAGAGUCAUCCUUUGCUAUGACUUCCAUCAACAGACCAAUUUCAGUCAAAGUUGUGGUUACAAUUAAACGGUGCAUUAAUGAAUUGUUUCCACAUUUUGGGUUCAAACCAAGGCUUGACCAUAUCACUAAUUGGUGGCCAAGUCAAGCACUUAGUUUGGAGUUCAUUAGCGUUGAGAUGGAUCCAACAACAGGAUUGGAGAAGGGAACAACAAAAGCUUAUGCAGAGAAAGUGAAGAGAGAGGAUAAUGAGGUAAUUGUGUACGAGACAAAGGUGGUAAUUCCAGCAGAUUUUGGUGCAAUUGGAGGAGUUUUGGUUGAGAAUGAACGUAACAAAGAGUUGUUUCUUAUGGACAUUGUGAUCCAUGGAAUUCCAACUCAAUAUCAUCUUCAUUUCCCAUGCAAUUCUUGGAUUCAGAGCAAAGAUAAAAGAAUCUUCUUCACCACUAAGGUCAUUUCUAUAACAUAUUAAUUAUUAUUCUUU